CACCACUGGUGGUUGGUCGAACAGAAAAAUUAGUUUCCAACACCUGGAACUCAUAUAGUGAACCUAACUCAACACUAGAUAUGUUGGGUUCGGGCGACACAAGUGAUACACCCCAGAGACCUGACGGUGGAAGAGGGGAGGUCCAGCCCCUCUCAGCAAGUCGGGUCUACCAGGUUCUGACAGAAGUGGCCUUGGUGACAGGAGGGCACAUCAUAGAUGUCCCGUCUACUGCUGAUAUUACGAAAGCUCUCUCCCCACUCUCGGAGAGUUUUUUUGAGGGUGAAGUUCAGUUGUACCGUGACAUAGCCGGGUCCACCGCUAAGAUCGUCAACAUGACAGUUGACAACCGCGUCAGAGCUUUACGCGUCGCGCUCUACGGCGCUUUUGCCAUGGCCACAGUGACGUUGGAUGGAGGACCGUCUUCGAACUUGCUUGAUGCAUCGAACAAUUUACAGAGGACAUAUUCGAACAGUUACAAAAGUUAUGUCACUCCUGCCGGGACCAUGUAUAAUGUGGGUGGAGCGUUUAACAUCUUAAAGUUAACUUGGACGGGAAAAUUGAAACAUAUUACUUUGACGUAUCGCCCAAGAAACGUAGGGUCAGUCAUUGUAACUGCAUCUUCAACGUUGGACGUUUUCCCAACGUUCUACCACGCAGACGUACAUAGCCCCUAUCCGUCAUUGCAACGUUUGUCACAUCCCAUCACUCCAGGUAUGCACGAGUUCAUUGACGUGGUCGUGUCUGAUACCGACACGGCCAGUUUACGGAGCGUCACCUCCGUAGAGUUGACACCCCACGCCAGCCCAGACUCCGCCCACGCCUUUCCGCUACCAACCGCGUCGCCGCGUCCCAACACAUUCGUCAUACUCAACGACUCCAGCGCCAUGCCACAGGGGCCGUUCAGCGUCGUCUACAGUGCACAGGACUCUGACGGCCGAGAGCUUGUCCGCAUAAGUCAGCAGCUAGUGAAGCCGUGCGAGUCUCGCUUGAGCCUGAACAGCGGACGCGAGGUGUGGGGCAAACCAGGGACCAAACUCCCGGUUCACUUCAGCCUCUUCAACACCGCUGACUCGGACGACACCUUUGCCCUGAGCGCUGCUGACGCUCUGGGGUACUCCAUUAGAUUACCUCGGAGAAGCGUUCGAGUGAAGAGCAAGAAGUCGGCUAAUUUGGUGUUGUACGUCGAUAUACCUACAAGGAUCAACGCCUUCUAUCAGUUUGUGAACGCCUCGAGGACACAAAGUUCUAAUCAUUACCCCUAUAAUAACAAUCCUGAAAGUCAUUUCGUGUCCAACAUCAAGUCGAUGAGCAACUCUCUUGUGGUCACAGCGACGUCUUCCGAGGGACAAAUCAGCAGUAUCGUGGUUCAUGUCAUCGUAACAACCGACGUGAGGGACGCUGAAUGUCAGUUUCGACAAUUCAGCGAUGAAGGGCAGGGAGGAAGAAGAUAGAUGUUGACGUCAUGGAUGGUGAUGUGAUACACAUUUCAGAUGGGUACAGCUGAAACGGAUAUACCGAUGUACCAUCACCCUACAGACUUCUUUCGGAUGGGUACAUAGUACGAUCAGAUGUUCACCUUUUUGCGGAUGGGUGCAUAGUAUGAUCUGUUAUUUCCCAUUCUUUCCUGACUUUCAUCUUGCUCGCAACCAUAGCAGUUGUUUUAGAGGCUGGCAGGACUACACAUGGAAAAUGAGACACAAAAAUCAAAUAAUUUUUGGGAAAAUUUUAAUCAGAAGAUGUCUUAACGAAUCUCUCAAGAUUCUUUGAAUCCCUUAAAAGAAGCAUAAUUAUGUAUACGAACCUCCCAAAGCGUAUAUUGAAGGCGUUAAUGAGGACAGUAUGUUUCUCGAAUUUAUUUGACGAGUAAGGAUGAAGAGUUCGAUUUUUAAGUUUGCAUUUUAUUGUAGCAUAAUAAACAUUUAAAAUAU